UCCAUCACUUCACCUGUCGCUCUUGAGACUCUGCUGAAGAAUGAGGAAGUACAACUUGAGCAACAUUACAGGAGUACUAUUCAAAAACUCAGUUGCAGCUGAGCAGGAUAGCAAUGGAUCUAACAAGCAAGAUCCUCAUGUUGGGCAAGAAGAUGAAAACACUGACAGGGGAAACUGGAGCAGCAAAAGAGAGUACAUGCUGUCUAUGAUCGGCUAUGCUGUUGGUCUUGGAAAUGUGUGGAGAUUUCCCUACUUGGCUUACAAACAUGGGGGAGGGGCCUUCCUCAUCCCCUACACUAUCAUGCUGGCUGUUGCUGGCCUUCCUCUGUUCUUCAUGGAGAGCUCUUUUGGACAGUUUUGCAGCCAAGGCCCCAUCAAUGUGUGGAAAGCUGUGCCUAUACUGCAAGGUGUUGGCAUCACAAUGAUGCUGGUUAGCACGUUUGUGGCAAUCUACUAUAAUGUGAUCAUUGCUUAUAGUAUCUACUACCUUUUUGCAUCUUGUCAAUAUCCUCUCCCUUGGAGUGCGAAGGACUGCAACUCAACAGCUUACAACAUUACUGCUGCAACACUGAAUGUGACUGCUGAGAAUCAAACCUGCCAGAAUGAAUUUACAGCAGGCCAGAGCCCUAGCGAGAAAUACUGGGAUGAGGUGGCUCUUCAGCGCACUAGCAGUAUGAAUGAGACGGGGCCAGUGGUUUGGCACCUUGCCCUUUGCCUGCUGCUUGCCUGGAUACUAGUCGGAGCAGCUCUCUUCAAAGGCAUAAAGUCCUCUGGGAAGGUGGUGUAUUUCACAGCUACUUUCCCAUACGUCGUUCUUUUUAUCCUGCUGAUUCGUGGUGUGACUCUGGAGGGAGCAAAAGAUGGCAUUGAGUUCUACAUCGGUUCAAAGUCUAACCUCACCAAACUGACUGAUUCUGAGGUUUGGAAGGAUGCAGCUACUCAGAUCUUCUUUUCUCUCUCCAUUGCAUGGGGUGGUUUGAUGGCUCUGUCCUCUUACAAUAAGUUUUACAACAACUGCUAUCAAGACUCCAUUAUAGUGUGCGUUACAAACUGUGGCACCAGUGUCUUUGCUGGCUUUGCCAUCUUUUCUAUCCUUGGACACAUGGCGCAUGUCUAUCAGAGACCAGUGUCAGAAGUUGCAGAUGCUGGUUUUGGACUGGCCUUUAUUGCAUACCCUGAUGCUCUUUCUAAGCUGCCCAUUUCACCCCUGUGGUCAAUACUGUUCUUUGUUAUGCUUAUUACCCUUGGCUUGGACUCCCAGUUCGCAGGAAUAGAGGUUAUUGCCACCUGCCUCCAAGAUGCCUAUCCCAAGCUUUUGAAGUCCAAGCGAGGAAUUGUUACAACAGCAGUCUGCAUUGUUCUCUUUUUGCUCGGCUUGCCAUGUAUCACAAGGGCAGGAAUAUAUUGGGUGAAUUUAAUUGACACUUUUUGUGCUGGAUGGAUUCUCCUGGUCGCUGGAUUACUGGAGGUCUUAGGUCUUUCCAUCUUGUAUGGUGGUAAUCGGUUCAUCAAAGACAUUGAGAUGAUGAUUGGGAGUAAGAGCGCCCUCUUCUGGUUAUGGUGGAGAGCUUGCUGGUUUUUUAUCACCCCAGUGGUUCUUUCUAUUAUCCUUGUAUGGUCCUUGUAUACUUUUACAUCCCCCACAUAUGGCUCAGUUGCAUAUCCAGAUUGGGGCAUUUCUCUGGGCUGGGGUAUGACUGCAUUUUGCCUCAUUUGGAUCCCUAUUCUUGCGGUCUGGAAAGUGUACAAAGCUAGUGGAGGCCCUUGGCAGCGUAUCAAAGAAGCCUGUUCACCCACAGAGGACUGGGGUCCUUACUUGGAGUGUCACAGAGGGGAGCGCUAUGGUACAAGAGGAGCGACUGAUCCAAAUAUAUUUGUGAUCUCUAAUAAAUUCACAACUAGGUUGUAA